AUGUCUCUCCCAUCACCGUCAACGGCUCCCCGAGAUCAAAAUGGCGAUGGAAAUUCAGACGGCGACGGAGUCAUCCCGUUUGGCACCACCGUCAUCCACUCCGACCGUGUGAACCUGUCCACACCCAUCCUGUACAGCAAUCUCCGUGACAAAACGAUCGUGAUCACCGGCGGCGCGUCCGGGUUCGGGGCGACAUGUUUCCGUGCGUGGGCGUCGGACGGCGCCAACGUGAUCAUUGGCGACAUCAACUCGACCAAAGGCACAGAGCUGGUGGCGGCGGUGCGUCAGGCCACGGGAAACUCGCAUCUCCAUUUCCUCCCGCUCGAUGUGACCAGCUGGGCCAGCCAGGCGGCCUUCUUCAAGCAGGCUGCGGAGCUGAGCCCGCAUGGGGGCAUUGAUUGUGUGGUAGCCAAUGCUGGCAUCGCGGAUGCGAAGGAGAAUGCUGCGUUUGAGGAGCCGCCUGACUAUGAACAUUACCAGCACUCUCCAUCCGACGCGGAUGGCGAAACGGCGCCCCAGGCCCCCAGUCUAAAGACCCUCGACGUCAACCUCUACGGCCUCAUCUACACCGCUCACCUGGCCCUGUCGUAUCUCGCCCGCAACCCGGACAGUCAGGCGUGCAAUGUGCAAACGCCCGCGGCACCACGAGAUCGUCAUUUGCUGCUUGUCUCGUCCAUCGCGGGCCUUGCAGGCCUGCCAUCACAGCCUCUCUACGCCGCGGCCAAACAUGGAGUGGUCGGGUUGUUUCGCACGCUGAGGCUCAUUACCCCUAUCAAGCAUGGCAUUCGAGUUAACAUGAUCAAUCCUUACUUUGUAGAUACGCCCAUUCUCGGAACGCUAGGCUCCCUCGUCCUCGCCGGAGGCGGCAUGGCCACAAUCGAUUCCGUACUCGACGCCACCACGCGCCUCGUUGCCGACCAAGGCAUCAUCGGCCGCGCGUUGGUCAUCGGGCCCAAAACGGCUGCUGAACACGCGCGCAUUGUGGGCCUGGAACUCGAUGCGGCCGACCAGGCUGUUUGGGACGUCCACGCCGACGACUUUGAGCAGUCUGAUCUGUUUACGCGGCGGAUCAUCGGUGUAACCAAUCUUGUCACCCGGGCUAGAGGAUGGGCUGGCGUGGCGACUGAUAUUGCGAACAAAGCCUCGUCUGGGUUCUGGAGAGCGUUGGGAUACUGA